AUGCUUGCUCCUUCGUCAAUAACUUAUUCAGAUGCUAAAGCACGGAUUGUCCGGGCAAUCGCAAAAAUCACAUCAUUCGCUGCUGCAGCUGGUGAAUAUAAAUCUGAUCGAUCAAAUGCGGGCAAACGUGCCAAAGUCUCGAAAAUGUUGUUGGAAUUAAAUGAUAUUCGUAAAAUUGCCGAAAAUGACUUUCAAGUUAUGGAAACCUCAGUCAGCAACAAACUAGCACCUCCUGAAAUCGUCGAUAAUAAGGAGAGUCUUAAACUUUGUUCGGAAUUCGAUAACCUAUACUACGAAUUGUCUGCGUUUGCUGAUGUUUAUCAGUUUUCGUUAUCUCCUGGUAUGGAUACGUCAACGGCUCAAAUAAAUUCAACUCACGUUUCGAGCCAAAAUAAUUUAUCAAAUUACCAACUACCCAAACGAAAAUUUCCGACAUUUUCUGGAGUUGUAAUUGAAUGGCAAGGGUUCGAAGAUCUCUUCAAGUCGAUUUUGUCACACGCACCAGAUCUUCCGGACGUUGAACGUUUCGAAUAUCUAAAAACCUCUCUGGAAGGUGAAGCGCUUUCGUUGGUGUCCCAUCUUCCUUUAACAUCUGCUAAUUAUAAUAAGGCCUGGGAUAUACUGCGUGCUCGUUAUGGAAACAAGCGUGAUUUGGCUCGAAUUCACCUUGACGCCCUUUUAGCACCUCAUACUGUCAAGUGUAAUGAUGCAUCUUCCAUUAAAACUCUUCUCACGGCCAUUCUUGAACACACUGCUGCCUUAGACAAUUUAGAUUUCAUUACCCGACAAUGGAGUCCGAUACUUGUCCAUAUAUUUGAACAUCAUUUGGAUUAUGACCUUCGUGCUCGGUGGGAAAUUACUGUAGGAGAUCGACAUCAACCAUCCACGAGUGAUUUUAUCGAUUUCUUAAGAAGUCAUGUUCGUUCUGCAGAAGCUCGUGCAGGUCAUUACUCUUCGAAUUUACACUCGUAUUCGGCCCACCAAACACCUCCUAAAAAAUCGUUCCCUCAAAAAUCUCGUCCAACUUAUGGACCAAAAGUAAUGACCACCAAUAUGACGUCAUCUACUGAGUCUAGUUACCAAUCCACAACGAUCAGUACUUGUCAGCUCUGCAAUAAGACACAUUCGAUCCGUAAAUGUCAGUUAUUUCUUAGUAAAACGCCAACUGACCGGUUUCAGAUUAUAAAAACGCAUCGGCUGUGUAUAAACUGUCUUAACUCCGGACAUUCUGCCGCAUCUUGUACUUCAAAAUACAAAUGUACAACCUGUAACCGAUCUCAUCACAGUUUGUUGCAUUUUAAUGUUAAAACAAUCCCACCAUCAUCAACCACGGUUCUAACGACCAGUGAAACUGAAGCUGGUCCUAGUGUGAAAUCGAUGGUGGUACGAGGACAGCCUCAUAAUAUUGUAUUGUUGUCUACUGUCCUACUUGAUGCGAUAGCUGCUGAUGGCACUCGUCAUACUAUUAGAGCCCUUUUUGAUAGUGGUGCUCAAGCGAGUUUUAUUACUGAACAAGCUGCAUGUAUUUUGAUGCUCAAGCGCCAUCCCUCAACGGUUUCAAUCACUACGUUUGCCAGUAGUUCUUCGUCACCGGUCCGUGGUCAAACAUCCAUUACUGUGCUGCCACGUGGACAGCAAUCACCAUCGUUUUGCGUGGAUGCUUUUGUCGUCCCACGAAUCACAGGGCCUACUCCUCAAACUCCUAUCAUCCCAGGAUACUGGAGCCAUAUUACAAAUCUUCCACUCGCUGAUCCAUUGUACCAUCGUCCUCAAUCAGUUGAUCUUUUGUUGGGUGCCGAUAUCUUACCAUUGCUGUUUCUAGAUGGUAAAGCUGCAGGCCAACCUGGAGAGCCCAUCGCCCUCGAAACCGUGUUCGGUUGGAUUCUGAUGGGACCUGUGAACACUCGUCCUCAACAAAUAGUCAACGCCAUGUUCUUAUCUAUUACUGAAACUCUCGAUUUGUCCAUAAGGCGUUUUUGGGAACUUGAAGAGUUGCCUGUUGUUCGUCAUCUUAGUCCAGAUGACAAAGCUGCAGAAGAUAUUUACACAUCAACCACAACUCGGCUUAGUUCUGGACGUUUUAUGGUUGCUCUCCCAUUUAGAAAACCAUUUCCCAUGUUAGGUGACUCAAAAUCGCAUGCGCUGCAACAGUUCAAAGGUCUCGAGUUUCGAUUAAAUCGCAAUCCAGAUUUGCGCAAGCAAUAUAAUGACUUCAUGCAAGAUUAUUUAUCAUCUGGUCAUAUGGAACGUAUACCAUUGCACGAAAUAGACAAUCCUUUGCAUUACUAUAUCCCACACCAUUGCAUCCUAAAGCCUGAUAGCAUGACAACAAAACUACGUGUAGUCUUCAAUGCUUCAGCUCGUACGUCAACUGGUGCGUCUUUGAAUGAAAGUAUGUACACAGGUCCGAAACUUCAACCCGAUAUUCAAGUGGUUCUUCUACGUUCACGACUAUGGAAAUACGUUUUUAUGGCCGAUAUAAAACAAAUGUAUCGCCAGAUUGUCAUUCAACCAUCGGAUCGGGAUUAUUUAAGAAUUCUAUGGCGAUUUUCAACAACUUCUCCUAUUGAAGACUAUAGGUUGGGUACAGUCACGUAUGGUACUUCAGCAGCUUCCUUUCAAGCUCUGCGUACAAUUCGUCACCUAGCUACAGUCGAUGGCGAUUCAUGGCCGUUAGCUGCAAACAUUUUGCUCAAUGACACAUUCGUCGACGACAUUUUAACUGGUGCCAACUCGGAAGCAGAAGCAUUGAAAUGUCAAGACCAGUUGAUAAAAUUGUGUUCCCUUGCUCAGUUUCAACUCCGCAAGUGGGCUAGCAACAGUCCACAAAUCCUAAAAAUGGUUCCACAUGAAGAUUGUGCAAUGCCAGUCUCCAUUUUAUUUAACAAUGAUAUGAGUUCUGAAUUGAAAGUGCUUGGGCUCAAAUGGGACCCAUCCUUCGAUACCUUUUCGUUUAAAACGUACCCAUCAUCAAGUCAAGUGACUAAACGUUCAGUUCUAUCCGACAUUGCUCGUGUGUUUGACCCGUUAGGACUUCUGUCCCCACUGACAUUCUUCACUAAACAUGUUAUGCAACAGUUGUGGACUUCCGGUGUCACGUGGGACGAUCCACUACCUACUGAUAUUGCCAAGUUAUGGGUCCGAUAUCAGUCUGAACUUCAUUUGAUCGAAAACAUUAAGAUUCCUCGUCGUAUCACCCACGAUCAAGCUAAAUCCAUACAGUUUCACGCCUUUUCUGAUAGCUCAGAAAAAGGAUAUGCUGCUGCAGUCUACUUGCGCGUGGAAACCGAUACUUCAGUGCACUGUCAGCUCAUCACCGGGAAGUCAAAGGUUGCGCCUUUAAAGCGUUCUACAAUUCCUAGACUUGAACUAUGUGGCGCCGUCCUUGCUUCAAAACUACUUCGGUUGGUAGUAGAUACAUACAGUGAUCGUAUACGCGUUGAUGAACUACAUGCUUGGACAGACUCUACCACAGCUCUCGUAUGGAUACGCUCAUCUCCUCAUCGCUGGGCGACUUUCAUAGCAAACAGAACCAGUCUUAUCCAAGAAUUGACUUCACCGUCAAUUUGGCGACACGUCCCCACCAAGGAGAAUCCGGUUGACUGUGCUUCCCGUGGCCUAUUACCGUCUGAACUCCUCAACCACCCACUGUGGUGGACAGGCCCAAACUUUUUGCUUAACUCAACAGACAAAUGGCCUCAACUACCUGUGAGUGAAAUUGACGAUUUCAAUGGGCCCUCUUUGAGUGAAUCUCGAGCUCCUGAUGUACUUCUUGUUACUCUAAACAACUCCAUAAUAGACUUGUUAAACCGUAUGUCAUCGUUGCAAAAAAUACUUCGCGUGAUUGCCUAUUGCCUUCGUUUUUCAAAGACACGGUCUUCAGCUCCUGCUACCAGGGUCAUAGAGGCUGAAGAAACGACACAUGCACUUCGUGUUCUGAUUUACUUUGUUCAACAACAAACAUUUGCUACCGACGUUGUAAAUUUAUUAAAUGGUCGUAAUUGUUCCAAAGCUCUCCAACGCUUAGACGUUUUCUUCGAUCAGUCUGGACUCAUCAGAGUGGGCGGUCGGCUGCGCCACGCUGAUAUACCAUACGUUCAUCGGCACCCAGUCUUGUUGCCAUCACGCCAUCGUCUUACCAAUCUAAUAAUUGAUUAUAAUCAUAUUGUUUUAAAGCAUCCAGGUGCAUUGACACUCCAAUCACAUUUGCAGCGGGAAUAUUGGAUUUUGUCUGCUAGACAGGCCAUUCGAUCCCGGUUACGGUUAUGCAUUUCCUGUUUUCGCACUCGACCUCAACAUGUUCAACCCAAGAUGGCUGCUCUUCCGAAAUAUCGAGUUCAACAAAUAAAACCUUUCGCUGUUACCGGUGUGGACUAUGCUGGGCCGAUAACGAUCAAGAGGUCCCGUGGUCGAUCAUCUGCCGAUACUUCCACUUACAUCUGUCUAUUUGUCUGCACUGCUACGAAAGCCUUACACAUUGAACUUAGUUCUAAUCUUUCGACAGAGACUUUCUUACUGGCAUUCACUCGUUUUGUUGCCCGUCGUGGCCCAGUUAAGGAAAUCCACAGUGAUUGUGGGACCAAUUUUGUCGGAGCCGCGAAUCUCCUUACUCCGUUACACGACUUUGUCGCUUCUGACAGUUAUCAAAACAGAAUCCGCAGCCACCUAUCCAAAGAUCAAAUUGCUUGGUUUUUUAACCCCCCUUCCUCACCUCACUUUGGAGGAUUAUGGGAAUCUGGAGUCAAGUCGACAAAAUCAUUGAUUUUUAGAUCCAUUGGAACACACCGACUCACGAGUGAAGAGUUGAUCACGCUACUUACUAAAAUCGAAGCCACUCUUAACUCACGGCCAUUGUGCGCCCUAAGCAAUGAUCCCAUGGAUUUGGAAGCGUUGACCCCCAGCCAUUUUCUGACUCUUGAGCCUACAACUUCUUUGCCCGACCCAUGCUUGGACAAUGUGUCAUUUUCAAAGAUGCAGCGUUGGCGCUUAGUUACAGAUCUUCAUAGAUUUUUCUGGACCCGCUGGAAAAACGAAUACUUAUCCUGUCUUCAACUGAGGACCAAGUGGUCAAAGGAUGGAAAAGAGUUGAGUAUAGGUGACCUCGUCUUAAUUAAGGAGCCAACACAUCCGUUAUAUUGGAAAUUCGGUCGUAUCAUUGCCUUACAUCCUGGCUCCGACGGGGUGUCGCGCGUCGCUACUGUUCACACUACAACCGGAAAUCUUAAACGUCCAGCUGUGAAAUUGUGUCCAUUGCCAUCUUCUUGA